CGUUUUCUUUCGUUCCAGGGUCUGUUUACUAUAGCAACCGAAGCGGAUCAAGCGGGAAGAGUGGACACAUUUGUUAAAUGGCCGAAAACUGGCUUCUUUUGGAGCAUCAGACAGUGAAAUAUGAAUGUUGAUAUGCAGGCUGAGCUGGACUCGGUAGAGGCCGAGCUGGAGUCGGUCGAGCAGCAGAUUGCAGAGCUCCUGCAGAAGAAAACCGAGCUCACUUCUCGGAAGCAUGCCCUGCUGCAGCAGCUGGAGGAGGCCUGUGACGCUGCACAGCCAUUGUCCUCUUCUUACUCAAAGUCAUCUGGAACCAAGCCAGUGAUGAGCAAGCAGGAGAUGCAGCGAUAUGAUGGCACAGAUUUUCCAUGGUCCAGCAAAGUGGAGCAGCACCUGAAGGACUCGUUCCAUCUCUCAAACUUCAGACCUUUGCAGCUGAGAGCCAUCAACCUGACCCUGUCAGGCAGGGACCUGUUCUUGGUCAUGCCAACAGGGAGAGGGAAAAGUCUCUGCUAUCAGCUUCCUGCAGUCUGCUCUAAUGGUUUUACACUGGUCAUAACUCCCUUGAUAUCCCUGAUGGAGGACCAGUUGAUAUACCUGAAAAGCAUUGAUGUGUCAGCAGUCAUGCUCAAUGCAUCCAGUAGCAAGGAGCACGCUAAGAUGGUCAUGGCUGGAAUGACAGAUCCAAAGUCCCCCUUCAAGCUGGUGUAUGUGACUCCAGAGAAAAUUGCCAAGAGCAAGCUGCUAAUGUCUCGCCUGGAGAAAGCCUACAAAGCAAACCUUCUGAGUCGUAUUGCUGUGGAUGAAGUUCACUGUUGCAGCCAGUGGGGUCAUGACUUCAGACCAGAUUAUAAGCUGCUGGGCAUCCUGAAGAGGCAGUUCACCAAAGUCCCCCUCCUUGGCCUCACAGCCACAGCAACCAGCAGUGUCCUCAAGGACUGUGAGAAGAUCCUGUGUGUGCCACAGGCAGUCACACUUACUGCUCCCUUCAAUCGAACUAAUCUCUAUUAUGAGGUUCGUAUUAAGGAUUCUGAUACAGCACUAAAUGACAUCAUUUCUCUGAUCAAGAGCAGAUACAAGGACCAGUCAGGAAUUGUGUAUGUGUUCUCUCAGAAGGAUGCAGAGUUGAUCUCAACAGAAUUACAGAAGAGGGACAUCCUAGCAUAUCCCUACCAUGCAAACAUGGACCCAGAGGAUAAGUCCCGGGUUCACCGCAAAUGGACCUCCAACAAAAUCCAGGUGGUGGUAGCCACUGUGGCGUUUGGCAUGGGCAUUGACAAGCCUGACGUCAGGUUUGUCAUCCAUCACACCAUAAGCAAGUCCAUUGAGAACUACUAUCAGGAAAGUGGACGUGCAGGUCGAGAUGACUGUCCAGCAGACUGCAUUGUGUAUUUUGGCUUUGCUGAUAUCUUCAGAAUCAGCACCAUGGUGGUGAUGGAGAACGUUGGUCAGCAGAAACUGCUGCAGAUGGUGGAGUACUGCCAGAAUAUUGACAGGUGUCGGCGCUCUCUCAUGGCAGCUCACUUUGAUGAGGUGUGGGAUGACGAAGGAUGCAACCAGAUGUGUGAUACUUGCCGUCAUGCAAAAGGUGUGGACUCCACCACUGUGGACAUUACCCAACACGCCAGGCAAGUGAUACAGAUUGUAGAGCUGGCAGCCUCCAUGGAUGAGAAACUGACCCCACUGAAGCUGGUGGAGGCGUGGAUGGGGAAAGGCUCUGCGAAGCGCAGGAAGAUGAUUCAGACCACCACGCUGUCUCGACCACAGGUCGAAGCUGUGAUUGUUCACCUGCUCCUGCGGGGAUACCUCAGAGAGGAUUUCAGCUUCACUCCUUACACCACCUACUUCUACAUGAAGCUGGGCCACAAAGCUCCUCUGCUGAAGAGCCAGACUCACACACUGAGCAUGAAGAUGAGAGAUGCACAGCCUGGAGCUGCUGUGGUAAAAGCUUUCCAUGGCAAAGGCAAAUCCAAAGAGGGAAAGAGAUCAGUUCAGAGCUCUGGAGACGCCCCUGUGCCCAAGAAAAUCAAGACAGAAGUCCCAUAGCCCCCUCCCACCCCAUCCAGAAGACCAGUUUACAAAGACACCCCAGCUGUUAAAGUCAACAAAGAGGUCAUUAUGACCUCUGACAUGGAGAACAGCUGUUCCCCACAACCUACACAGAAAAUCUUUAAAGAAAAGAGGAACCUGUCCAGAAAACAAGACCUGAAGCCAACC